GCCAAAAAGAAAACCAUGGAGGGAGAAAAUAAAACAACUGGACGAAAACCCAACCCAAACCCUCCAACUGGCAAAGCACCAGAAGAAAGAGGACGACGAUCGACGACGAGGAGGAGAGGGGAAAGCGUAGGGCUGUGAUCGGAGCGGGUCGCGUAACUUCUGGAAUUGGAUCAAGUAUCGGAUAAUGGAAAUUUGGAGGUAGAAGAGAAGAAACAUCUCUGUAGGAUUAGGAGUAGAAGAAUCGGGGGGAGAGGAUAGGCCGGUAAGCGAGGUUUCCAAGCGCCAUCAUCUGUCUGUUUGUGACCGCGACAGGAAAGGAGGAAGACGCGAUUGAAACGUCGAUCAGAAAAGCAUCAGCACUAGGUUCCUGAGCUCAUCGGAAUUGCUACUCUUACUAACUCGUUCAGUCAUUCGAAUGGCGGAGAAAGCUUGCGUCAAGCGGCUUCAGAAGGAAUACAGGGCACUCUGCAAGGAACCAGUCUCCAACGUGGUUGCUCGUCCUUCCCCAAACAACAUUCUUGAAUGGCAUUAUGUAUUGGAGGGAAGUGAAGGAACUCCUUUUGCAGUUCAUCCAGAAAGUUGGAAUCCGAUGUGGUCUGUAUCAAGCAUACUUACAGGGCUGCUUUCUUUCAUGAUGGACAACAGCCCCACGACCGGCAGCGUUAAUAGUACCAUCACUGAGAAGCAACGCCUGGCAGAGGCCUCUCUUGCUUCCAAUUGCAAGAAUGCGACAUUUAGGAAGUUAUUUCCCGAGUAUGUUGAGAAGUACAACCUACAGCAGCAGCAGCCUGAUGAGCAACCUGGUUCAGAUAUGGGACCUGAGAUUUCAGAAGAUGAGAACUCGAGGCCUAAGCCAGAAAAAGUGGACGGCCAUUUGGAAGAAGAGGGGAGAAGGACUUCGUUGAAGAAUCAUUUUCCGCCUCUGAGUCCGACUCCGAGGGUCCGACUCCUUUCUCAUUGUCAAGCCUUUUCAACCCCAUUCACUCUUGCUGCUGAUGAUGCAAGACUGCUCUCGGUGUGGAAAUCUUUCCUCCCGCCUCGGUCUCUAAGGGUGCACCACGCUUAUCAGCCACAUAAAUUUCUCAUCAAGGCAGUUGCGGCGACCCUCGAACCAACGAGACUGGUCCCGAGUGAAGCAGGACAUGGGAAUCAAGCUCAACGUGAUGCACAUCUGAACUUCGCUUCAACUCCUUCCACGUCUCUCGAUGACUCCGACGAUGCAGAAGUGGACGAGAGAGAGAGGCUGAGACGAAUGAGGAUCUCCAAAGCAAAUAAAGGCAAUGUACCUUGGAACAAGGGCAGGAAGCACAGUCCAGAAACCCUUCAACGCAUCAGGGAGAGAACAAAGCUUGCCAUGCAGAAUCCUAAGAUCAAAAUGAAGCUUGCAAGCCUUGGGCAUGCUCAGAGCAAAGAGACAAGAGUGAAAAUUGGACAAGGAGUGCGAAUGGGAUGGGAAAAGCGUCGCGACAAGCUGAUGGUGCAGGAAACUUGUUAUUUUGAAUGGCAGAACUUGAUUGCAGCAGCUUCAAGGAUGGGAUGUGUUGAUGAAGAAGAGCUGCAAUGGGAUUCUUACAGUAUCUUGAGUAAACAGCUUGAAGUUGAAUGGGUGGAGAGCGUUGAGAAGCGAAGAGCAACUCCUAGGACAAAAGGCAACAAGAGGGCACCAAAAUCCCUUGAGCAGAGAAGAAAGAUUGCAGAAGCCAUUGCUGCCAAAUGGGCUGAUCCUUCAUAUCGAGACCGAGUUCGCUCCGGCCUGGCUAAAUAUCAUGGUAUUCCGGCAGGAACCGAGAGAAAGCCAAGGCGAAAGCCAGUUGGCAGCAGACCAUCCACCAAGAGGGAUAGUGCGAAAAAGAAAGCCAGUGAAACAAGCGAUUCUUCUGGAAGUGAUACCACAAGCUCUACACAGGUCACAAGACAGCGAAACACUACAACACCAUCCUACAAGGAUCCUUUGGCCAGGUCCAAGUUGCAGAUGAUAAUGAAUAUCAGAGCAAAAAGAGCUGCCGUGGAAACUAAAAAAACUGAAGCGGUUGAAAGAGCAAGGUUAUUAAUUGCUGAAGCUGAGAAGGCUGCUAAGGUUCUCGAGGUUGCUGCAGCAGAAAGCCCGAUUGCGCGAGCUUCUCUGAUAGAGACCAGAAAGCUUAUAGCAGAAGCAAUUCAGUCUAUUGAGUCGGUUGAUCGAGGGGAUGUUGAUCUUGCAACAACUGAAUUGAGCGAUGAGGAGAAGGAAAUUGAUGCUGCUGGUCGGUUGUCAAGCUCUACCAAAGCAGAAUCCAGACCACCAGUUAUGGUAAAUGGGGGAAUCAAAACCGCCGCAACAUGUGCUGAAGAUGAAGAACUGAUCAAGUUGAGUGAAUUGGAGUUCCCUGGUAAGCGUUGCAGCCCACAUCAGGGAUUCGAUUUGGCGAGCCUUGUGGAGAAACCAGAGCACCAGUGCCAGGGUGACCUGAACGGGAAUCUCAAAUCUGGAAACAAUGUCCAGCCAAAUGGUUCGAAAGUCGAGCUGCAUAAGACUGAGGACGUGGGGGUAACAAAGAGAUGGGUUCGCGGAAGACUUGUUGAAAUGGUAACAGGAGGUCGGAUGUAGUAGUAGUAGUAGUGGUGGAAGAGUUCAUCAUCGUCAUAAUCUAUAUCGUUGGCUAUAAUAAUUUUGAUCUGGUUGGUGGUGACAUGCAUCGUAGGAGGCAUAGACACGAAAUUCUGCCGUUAGCUGGAGCACUUUGUGUUUCUUCUUUCCCUUUUUGCCUUGUGCCAAACAUUUGCACACUUUGAUGGCAGUUUGGUGUAUAUUAUUAUUAACGAUUAUUAGUAGCUGCACUGACGCUGGGAAGUAGAACACCGGUGCUGCAGUUUAAUGUAAGUGGGUUAUGCGUCGCUUGAUCUAAAAGAAAAGGAGAAGUUUUUCUUUUCCUUUACUCUUUUACCGGCAAGUCGGAGGCGGGAAACUACCAACAGCUUGCUGGGUAAUCUUUGUUUUCAUAACCGA